CUCUGCUCCGUAGCUGACGCUAAGCAAAGCUGAGAACCAAAGCCUAUGGCUCUGUGAAGGUAAGAAAUGGGAAAAGAUCAAGCCGUAACCACUUAAGUUUGUCUCGGGGCUGGCAGCUCACUGGAUUUGGAGCUCCAGCGCAGAAGAUAAGAAACUGAGGCAUAGAAAGCUUAAGUGACUUGUCAAAGGUCCCACAGCUUUUUUUCUUAUAAGGCUAAGAAAAAUCACAAUCCACAUGUCAGUGAGUCAGCAAGAUCUAGAUCCCGAUAGUACUACAGAUGUGGAAGUUGUUACAGAUACUGAAGAAGAACUUAUUAAAGAAUGUGAAGAAAUAUGGAAAGACAUGGAAGAAUGUCAGAAUAAAUUAUCACUUACUGGAACUGAGACACUUACUAAUUCAAAUGCUCAGCUAUCAUUAUUGAUUAUGCAAGUGAAAUGUUUAACUGCUGAACUCAGUCAGUGGCACAAAGAAACACCUGAAAUAACUCCCCUGACAGAGGAUGUUCUGAUAACAUUAGGAACAGAAGAGUUCCAAAAAUUAAGACAUGAUCUUGAAAUGGUACUAUCUACUAUUCAGUCAAAGAAUGAAAAAUUAAAGGAAGACUUAGAAAGGGAGCAACAAUGGUUGGAUGAACAGCAACAAAUAAUGGAAUCUCUUAAUGCACUUUACAGUGAAUUGAAAAAUCAGUUUGUGACAUUUUCUGAAACAAGAAUCUUUAGUGAGCUGAAAACUAAAAUGCUUAAUAUAAAAGCAUUCAAGGAGAAACUCUUGAGUACCUUGGGUGAGUUUCUAGAAGACCAUUUUCCUCUGCCUGAUGGGAAUGUUAAAAAGAAAAAGAAAAACAUUCAAGAAUCAACCAAACAGCUGAUAACACUGCAUGAAAUACUAGAGAUUCUUAUAAAUAGAUUAUUUGAUGUUCCACAUGAUCCAUAUGUCAAAAUCAGUGAUUCCUUUUGGCCACCUUAUAUUGAGCUGCUGCUGCGUAAUGGAAUUGCUUUGAGACAUCCAGAAGAUCCAACCAGAUUGAGAUUAGAAGCCUUCCAUCAAUAAGAGGAUGUUCUUUUUUCAUAACAGGAAAGAAUCUUGUCAUCUAAGGAUAAUGGAAACAGGACUAUUUGAAUAAAAGAAUAUUAUUUGCAAAUCGAAAUAAUAAUCCAUCUUUCUUUUAUCCUUAAGUGACAUGUAUUGCCAUUUCUUCAUUUUAAAAAUGGCCCUUUCUUAUUCAUUCAGUGCUAUGGUGUUUUAAACUGUACAAAGAAAGCAAGUAAAAAAUAUUGUAGAUUUAUAAAGCAUUAAUGUACUUUGCCUCAUUCGUUGUUCUUUGGAAAAUUCUUUGUUAAUUUAGGAUAUUCCUAAUGUAAUAAUAAUAAUUUUCUUUUCAAUUUUAUGGCAGUAUAUUUUAUGCAUUUUAAGUUUCAUUUGUAUUUAAAAAUUAUAUUUAGGAAUUAUAAUGGAAAGAUCAUUUAUUUUGCCGAUGUUUAUAAAAUUGAAGUAAUAUCCCAAGGAGAAAGUGACAUAAUUAAAAAUACCUAGCAAAUCUAUUUCAUGUGUAUUGCCUUAUUUCUAGAUUUAUUAAAAAUCGGAAUAUGAAAAUACAAAUGGCAAAAGCUGGUAUAUGAAAACUAUAUUUUAAUAUGUAUUAAAUACCAAGGGACAUUAUAUACUAAUCUGCUCUUGAUUCUGCUACAAAAUUAUGUUCAUAACACUCUAAUUUUUUUGUAAAUAAAAUUCUCUAUAAAAAUCUCUA